GAUUGGUUGGCAUUGGCAACGUUUUAGCAGGUCUAACGGCGUACUCAGUCUCUGAAUAAAGAAACCGAAAGGAAGGGUUGUAAAAAAAGAAUUCAGCUGAGGACUUCUGAACCUUUUUAUUCUUCAAAUCUACUCACCAUAGAGGAGCAAGGAGCGAGUACAGACUGCAAACAGAAUGACCAGCUCAUCUGCUCCCAGGAUGGUGAAUAGUUACAAGCGGACUUCAAGCCCCCGAUCCCCGACAAACAGUGGGGAGCUUUUCACCCCAGCACACGAGGAGAAUGUGCGCUUUAUUCAUGAUACCUGGCAGUGUGUUCUCCGAGACAUCAGGUCAACACAGAAUAGUGAACGUAAUGACCGUGGACCACAGGAGUACGUGGAGAAGAACCCAAACCCUAACCUACAUUCUUUCACACCAGUGGACCUAAGCGACCUUAAGAAACGCAACACACAGGACUCCAAGAAGUCCUAGUCUUUCUCACGACGGUCCGGUUGCUUCUUUCCACCCAUUAUCCUCGAGAACUUUUCCUCCAUCAGCCAGAAAGUCAGCCCUGUUGGCCAGUCUAGCACAGAAUGCCAAUCUCAUUUCUCAACUCUGGACCAUAGCAAUGCCUGUCUCUUUCUUUACCCUCUGCCACUGACCACGAAGAAAGGAACCAGGAUUCCAGGGAGCACAGAUCCUCUCGUCUCUUGGUUCAUGUUUUUUCAAGUCACUAAAUUUUCAUACGUACAUUCUUUAUGUGGAUGGGACUGAUGCAGACUUUCAUCAAAAUUUGCUGACAUCUGAUGCUGAGGUACAAACUGUCAACACUCCACAGGACGCAAAAGACUGCAGUCUUAAACAUAAACCUUUUCUUUACUACUGCUACUUAUAUGACUUUGGAGGAAAAUGUGAAAGGGCUGACUUCUUUUUUUUGUUUGUUUUUGUUCUGGAAGGUAGUAUGAUCAGUAAAUUGUAGAAGUAAUGGAAUCGUCACAUUAAGGUAUACACUUUAUGGGCAAGUUUUGGACGCCAAAUGCAACAUAGAAGGCCAACGUUUUUAUUAUAUAUUUUCUUGCCCUCAAAUGGACUUUACUAAGUAGAGACCUCCCCGAGUAUGCUGCCCUUGGUUAACCCCCCUAAGCCUUGAAACAAAAUGUUGAAUAAAAGACUUUUACAGUA